UAGAGAGAGAAAAGGAAAGAGAGGAGAGAGAAACGCACACACAAAAAACUCACAAGGACAAAGGUUGUAGUUGUGUAAGCAAGUUUAGAGAGAGAGAGAGAGAGCACGAAAAUUGAGGGAUUACAGAUUCAUACAUAGAGAGAAAAAAAAAAGAGAGAGUAGAUUUUUAUUUUCUUUUUCUCUGUUUGUCUUUUAUGUGAUUAUAUAUUUAUUCAUCAAUGGCGAAGAAUGAAGACCCCGAGAGAUUCUCCUUCUCCGCUGGGCCCACAGUGCCUCCGGCGGUGGCGGCGCGGCCUACGAUAACGCUCCCGCCGCGGCCGUCCAUGGACGCCUUCUUCUCCGGCGGGACCGGGGCCAGUCCGGGGCCGUUGACUCUCGUCUCUAGAUUCUUCUCAGACAAUAACCCCGAUUCGGACUACAGGUCGUUCACUCAGCUCCUCGCCGGAGCCAUUUCGUCGCCGCUGGCAAGGCCGCCGCCGAGCUUCCACGCCGAUAAUUUAGCUCAGAGUUUCUCGAAAGGAGGCUCCGACAAGGAUUCGGGGUUUAAGCAGAGCAGGCCGGUGAAUUUGGUCGUGGCUAAUCCGCCAUUGUUCAUGGUUUCUCCAGGGUUGAGCCCCUCCGGACUCUUGAACUCGCCUGGGUUCUUUUCGCCGCCGAGUCCCUUUGGGAUGUCACACCAACAGGCCUUGGCGCAAGUUACUGCCCAAGCUGCUCUUGCCCAGUCUCAAAAUCAUUUGCCCUUGCACAUUGAAUACCAUCAACCUUCCUUAGCACCAGCAUCCACAGGGACGCAGUUACUUAAUCCAUCAUUUGUAUCCAAUGAAGCUUCACAAAAGCAGGCAGUAUCGUCGACGUCCGACCACAGAAGUUCUGCCGUUGAAUCGUCCGGGGCGUCUCAUUCCGAUAGAAAAUACCAAGCUCCUUCCGUUGCCACUGAUAAGCCUGCAGAUGACGGCUACAACUGGAGAAAAUAUGGGCAGAAGCAGGUCAAGGGCAGCGAAUUUCCGCGGAGCUACUAUAAGUGUACGCACUUGAAUUGCCCCGUGAAAAAGAAGGUUGAGCGUUCCCCAGAUGGGCAAAUCACUGAGAUUAUCUACAAAGGGCAGCAUAACCAUGAAAAGCCUCAACCCAAUAAGCGUGCCAAAGACGGUGGUGAUCAGAAUGGGAAUGCAAAUUUUCAGGUUAAAUCCGAGAAUUGGGCCGGGAACUUACACAGGUCAAAUGAAACUGCACCUUCCCAGUCAGUGUCCGAAAGGGAUCAGGAAUCUGCACCAGGAGCUCUUGUUUUGGUACCAGGCUCAAGUGAUAGUGAAGAAUUGGUUGAUGGAGAAGUUAGAGAAGAUGACGCAGAUGCUGAUGAGCCAAAUGCAAAGAGAAGGAACAUAGAUGUUGGAACAUCUGAGGUGUCUUUGUCACAAAAGACAGUUACAGAACCAAAAAUCAUCGUCCAAACACGAAGUGAAGUUGACCUUUUAGAUGACGGUUACAGAUGGCGCAAGUAUGGCCAGAAAGUGGUAAAAGGCAAUCCUCAUCCAAGGAGCUAUUACAAAUGCACUAAUGCAGGAUGCAACGUCCGUAAGCACGUCGAAAGAGCUUCGACAGACCCCAAAGCUGUCAUCACUACUUAUGAGGGAAAACAUAACCAUGAUGUCCCGGCUGCUAGAAAUAGUAGCCACAAUAUCGCUAACAAUAAUGCACAUAGUUAAAACCAAUCAAGGUUUUUUCUCAGAAGGAAACAAAGAUCAGACACAAUCACUUUUGCAGCUAAAGAAGAAAGAGCAAAUCACUCUGUAAGUUGCUCUUCCAUGUAACGGUAAGGUCAGCAGUCGAUUUCGAUCAACUAACAUGGUGCAAAAUGAAGGAAAUGUAGGAGAGGAAAGACAUUUGACAGGUUUCUGAGGAAGUAGUGAUAUUUUGCUGGUUGGUUUGUUUUUGUUUCUUACCCCAACAUUUUUUUUUUAAAAGUAUUUGUUACGCAUUGCUGCACAGGUAUGAUACCACUCGCGAGGUCUUGUACAUUUAAUUUAAAUUCAGAAAUGAUGUUUAUAUGAUUAUUAUUGCCCACUUGAAUGGGAAACGGCUGCAACAAAUGUCUAAACGUGGUUCCUAGUUUGUGUCUCCCCUUUGGGGCUGUGGUUACUAACUUACUAUUAUUGCCAGGUUGAAAUUAAAUAAAGUUUGCUACAUAAAGAGUUAAA